GCAUAUAGAUGAUAGCAUACUCCACUCCCACAUUCUCCUGGUAUGCAAACUGCAGAGGGCCAAGGAGGUCCUGAGUUUUUGUAGUCAAUAGUAACAGAUAAAAUACUGCAUAGGAGACAAGGACAAAACCAAAAUGAUCUGCAACAGGCUAGCCUUGGUUAUUAGUCAUGUAGCUUGAAAUCUGAGACCUUUACCUCCACAAUGUACAUAUACCAUAGCUAAGCCAUUGUUGCACCUUUUUUUAAACACUUCUUCUGCAGUUGUAGUAUUUUUAAUAGUCAAAGAUUUUUCAUUGUAUUCAAAGCAACUUAAAUUCACGCAGUUAUAUUCCACUAUUAUACAGAAAUGAGAAUUGUCUGUUGCUAGCAUUUGUGUCAGGACAGCUUUUUGUGUUUAGACUUUAAAAAAAAAAAAAAAAAAAGUGCAUUUCUUUACAGGGAAAAAUGGAGUUGUUUUCUCGUUUAGUAUUUAAAAGAUGUACAUUGUAUAAACUGUAAAAAAAAAAAAAACUAUUAUAAUAUAAAAGCAAUGCAGAAUAGGCUAUUUAUUGCAAGUUUGCAAAUAUAAAUGGCCUUUUGGAACUCUCCGAUGGUUCAAUUGUUAGUUGUUCCAUUUGUAUUGGAUUUGAAUCCUGAUGUGGGUAAAAUGUUAAAUUGUAGCUUCAAAUCUUGUGGUCGUUGGUUCGUAUCCUGCUACUGACACUGUGUGACUGAGCAAGUAGCUUCACCUGUCUUUGCAUCAAUUGGAAAAAUAAAAGAAACAUAACUAGUUUUAUCUGAAAUGCUGCAAGUCAUUUUGGAUAAAGACAAUAGCCAUGUUAGUAAAUAAUCAUAGAAACUGGAAAUCACAGCUUUGUUCAGGCCAUAAAUUCCUUAGGAAACUGCAGUUGGUUAGGAAGUACAUUUUUGAACAUCAAUUCAUCAUUUAUCCCCCACCUUGUGUGUCUGUCCAGUUGCUAUGUCUCGGUCGUUCUAAAAGAUGGCACGUCACAAACAUUAAUAGCCCAUCUUAGAGAGGUGCACAGUUAAUCCAAUAAUAUUAUGGUGUGGUUGGAGCCUUCACUAACAGGAUCAAGCACAAAAUGGACACUAGUUCCAUCACAGGACACCUAUACUCCCACUGUGGCAGUCCCUCAUAGCUGGACAGUUUAGUGCUACUGCUUAAACUAAUGUGCUAAUCUUUGAAAAUGAAGGAGGAAAACCAGAGUAACAUGGGGGGGGGAUCAGACAAAUGGAGAAGAGUACAAACUAAACUCUACUUAAAGUCCUUAGGAUUCUAACUCCUCCUAGAUCAGUGUGGGAGCAGUGCUAACCAGCCACUCUUCCUUAGGUUUAUUUGCUCAAUUCUAUUACACAACUGGAUUUCCUGUAUAAUGUGUAUUUUUUUAACCUUUUCAUGAAAUGAUUCAUGCUCUGAUUUCUGAUUCCGCACGACUUUCUGACUUGGAAAAUAUUUCUUUUUUGCCUUCGAAGAGUUGGGCAAGUCCUCAUGUGAACACUGAUUUGCACAAGUCCAAUCAAAUGUGACGUUAGGCAAGAGCGAACGUGUGAACACGCCCAUCACAGGUUCACCGUUCAUUGGAUUCUCCAACCCAGCAAAGAUUCAUCGUAUGGACUCGUAGCGUGAUCCACGCCUGGCCUUGUUGUGAUUGUUUUAGGGUUGAUUGUUGGGGAGUGGGCAAAGGGUGGGGGCUGUGAAACGUUUGAAAAAAGGCUUCAGGAUUAGGAUGUGUCUGCAGCUGAUGCCCCGCCCCUCUCCCGUGGAGUGCUUACUUGUUCUUGCUAACUUUAGGCCGCCCAGCUGGGAAGUGUUGUUUUGCUGUCCGGAGUUGGACGUGUUUUGCUCAUAGGCACAAACGAAGAGAACAAACCGGGAAGAGUAAUCCAAUCAACCAGAAAUGAGAGUGUCUGGUGCGGAGAACGACUGGAGUGAAAGCAGAAGUGACGGCAUGACCUGUGAGCGAUGCAAAGCCCAGGACAGAGGAAUACAGGUCCCACGUGUUCUGGGUAAAGGACCAAGCUUCUUUAUACCCUUAAAACAGAUCAUGGAAGAGGGUGUUGAAAGUGAUCAUCAGCUUCUCAUAGAGGCCUUUGUUUCAAUGGGACGAGUGGACAACAUUACCUCAAUUAUGGGGUUGCACCCUAAAUAUCUGGCCUGUUUCCUCCGGACCCGGCACUACCUUCUGCAGAUGGAUGGCCCCCUGCCAUACCCAUGCCGCCACUAUAUUGCAAUCAUGGCUGCUGCCCGACACCAAUGCUUGUAUUUGGUUCAGUUACAUGCAUCAGAGUUUCUUCAAGUUGGAGGUGAUCCCCAGUGGCUUAAUGGCCUACAAUAUUGUCCAAGAAAGCUGAAGAAUCUAAAUGAGUUGAAUAAACUACUUGCUCACCGGCCAUGGUUCAUCACCAAGGAUCAUAUUGAGGCCCUUUUAAAACCAGGUGGAGAGAGUUGUUGGUCCCUGGCUGAGCUGAUCCAUGCCAUCGUUCUUCUCACUCACUACCACUCAAUGUGCUCCUUCGUUUUUGGCUGUGGCGUUAACCCUGAACCUGAUCAAGAAGGGGGCUUUGCCUUCCGUCCCCCAUCUCCUUGCCAGACUGAUAGCCCUGGAGCCGAGGAAGGGGGUGGAGGACCAAGGUCAGGAGAUGCUCUGCAAGAGGUGGAGGCUCUCAUGAGGAAGAUGAGGCUCCUGCAGCAGCAAGAGGAAGAGGCCAGCCAAGAAGAGAUGGCAACACGAUUUGAGAAAGAGAAGAGGGAAAGCUUGCUGGUUACUCCUGAAGAUGAAGAUCGACAUUUGCUCUCUGCCAACGUCUCCUGCUUUGUGGAAGAUCCAGACUUUGGGUAUGAAGAUUUCACUCGUCGUGGUGAGCAAGGCCCACCUACCUUCAGAGCCCUGGACUAUUCCUGGGAGGAUCACGGCUACUCCUUAAUAAACCGCCUUUACUCUGAUGUUGGUCAGCUUCUGGAUGAGAAGUUCCAGGUUGUCUGCAAUCUCACAUAUAACACCAUGGCUAUGCAUAGCGGUGUGGAUACCUGCAUGCUGCGCAAAGCCGUGUGGAAUUAUAUCCAUUGUGUGUUUGGAAUCCGCUAUGAUGACUACGACUAUGGUGAUGUGAACCAGCUCUUAGAGCGAAGCCUAAAGGUCUAUAUUAAAACGGUGGCCUGCUAUCCAGAGAAGACGACUCGCCGAAUGUACAACAGUUUCUGGAGGCACUUCCGGCAUUCGGAAAAGGUGCACGUCAACUUGUUGCUCCUGGAAGCCCGCAUGCAGGCUGCCCUUCUCUAUGCUUUACGUGCCGUCACCCGCUACAUGACGUGAGCCGGGCUUCUACCAGUUUGCACCUACCUCAGAUCCACUACUCUGCAGCUGGAUUGGUGGGACAGACUGCACGAUGGCAGCAGGGUUUAAAGGAGGAGGGACUCUGGCCUUUUUCUUGGCUCUUUUCACAUUCUCAUUCGGUCGCCUGAUCAGUCCCGGGGUAGUCCAGGAGCCUUGAAUGUUUGUUUGGGAGUCUUAAAAUGCACAAAGGGGUUUGUUGGCAUACCUUAAAUUUUCUUCCCCAUAAGCAGCUGGAGGGGUUAGAAUUUUUUUUUUUUCCCUUUGUGGUGGGAUUUCUUUGCUGUUUGGAUACACUCCUUUUUAUUGUGAUCAUUUUUGUUCUUAAUUGUGGAAGAUAAGAAUUUUAUUUUUGUGUUUAACCCUAUUUGGUCUUUUGCAUUUGACAGCUUUAUUGGAAGUAGACUUAAGUAGUUAUUAACAAGGCCCAUUCAUGGAAAAAAUGUCAGUAGCUAUCACAGUUAAGUGGAAGGGUCUUUAUGUUGGCACAUUUGUGAGGGCUUUUACCAAGUCUGCCAAGAUAUAAGAGUAAUGAAAACCUUCUUGUGAUGGGCAGAGGACGGCGUCGUCUCAAUGGCAUUUAUUUCAGGCCUGUCCCUUUGAAGAGUCCAUCACUUCACCAUGAGGGACUCUCUCUGGUAUUUCUGUUAGCCACGUUUUUUUUUUUUUUUCCUUUCAUUUUUUCUUUUUUUAAUCACCGACACUUUAAUGAUGGCAAAUGGAGUCAGACUUGUAAGUAAUGAGCAAUGCUGAGAUUUGGAGCGGUGGUUUGAAUUUUCUUGUCAUAAUUAAGGCACUCUCUUGUUUCCAAGUUUUCCAUUUUCGUUUUUGUUUUGUCCAAGAGUGUGUCAAGGCACACUGCCUGCGUUUAAAAUCGGGAUGCUGCCAUCAUGGGUAUUUGUGGGUUUUUUUUAUAUAUAAAGAAUCCUGAUGUUAAGUUUUAGUCAGGAAUCACUCAGCAACUUGUCAUGCUAGUUCUGGUUUAUUACACUUUCAUCAAACUUUAUAACAGUCUGCAGGAUGUUCACCAAUAUGGACGCUGAUUGUAGCAUUCUGGGUCUGGGGGACGUGUCCUCUUACCUUGUAUUUGCACUGGUGAUGGUAUUUAAUUUUGUGUGUCUCUUCUUCAUUGUAGUGAGUUUAUGUUUUAACUUUUAUUAUUUUUUUGCACUUUUUUUGUUGGACUCAAAUUGUAAAGCUGAGGAAUUUUUUAAACAAAAAAACAGGUGAUCUUUUCUAUAUGAUUUUUUUUUUUUUUUUUUGUAGCGUGCCUAAUUCACAAAUGUCCCAUGUACUAUAUAAACAACAAUGUGUGUGUAUAUUUUAUUUUUUCUUUGAGGCAUGAUGUUUCUGAUUUUGAGCAGGAGUAUUGAGCUCUUGUGGGUUAUGAUUCUGUGAAGUCGAUUGUUUACAUUCUUUUCUAUAAUUUCAUAAAUGCACCACAGUUUAGCACACAGGUGGUUGUUGGCUGUUUCGAUACACAAAGUGAAACUCCUACUCAGAGUCUGUCAAAGGACAAAGCUCACUGAGGUCAAACAAAGUACCAAAAAAGAAGCCGAGUCACACUAACAUCUGGACUUGGUGGAUUAUGUCUGGUCAGCCAGACUGUUUACUUGCACUCCGAGUCGGGGGAACUGUAAUAUGCAAUUGCUGACCACUCCUUUGUGUGCUAAAUCAGUAACCGAGAAUGUGACGUCUUGUGGUUGCAUAUCCUUUUUGGUUUUUUUUUUUUUUCUUUUUCAUUCUUUUAUUGACUGUGCAAUAAUAAAAGUGAUUGUUGAGCUAGGUGAGGUCUCCAAACAGGUGUCCAUCCUAGGUGACCUCUGUCUGCUAUGACCUCAUUGUUCAUUCUUGAUGCUUUCUUGACCUUAGGACUUGCUGCUUCGUUUACUGUGUUGAUCCUUUUUAACUUCUAAUCAUGGAGAGGUGACCCCUCUGGCUUUGUUGACGUAUGAUAAGAAGGCAGUUUGCUGAAGCAUUAAUUUGUGAGGUGCUAUAGUUAGUGACAAUAUUAUUAACACAGCAUUAAUAGUUGAAAAUAUAUUAGGAUUUAGUUUGCUUGAACAGCAUUUUGUGUGACAAUAACGAGAGUAAACUGGGCUCUGAGGUGGGAGUUGCAGUGCUGGCUGAUGCUCUUUCUCUACUUGUGCUUUCGACUCUCUUUAUAUUAAUGUGGUGAUUUCCAUCUGCCUGUCUUGGUGUGCGUAAUAAAAUUAUAAGAACUGUAAUAUCUGAAUGUUGGCUUGUAAAGCAUCACAAAUGCAGGAAAGUUGCUCUUGUGGAAUUGUGUCCAAUGUUACAUUGAAACAAAUUUGAAUCUUGGUUAAAGCCAAAUCGAUACACGCAAAAUGGGCCCCUCCACAACUUCAGUUUUAGCCGACAGGUCCUGGGAUUGAAAUGCUUGACUCUCAAAGUAAUUUAGCAACUGGAGAAUUACUAUUUUUUUUAAAAAAUAAUAUUAAAACUCCUACCGUUCCUUGAGGUGUGUGGUGACAUAUACACCGGGUGGAAAACCAAAUGAGAAUUGGCACUCUAGCAGUUGGAGGAGUUUGAACAUGGCAGGCACGUGUUCUUGUGUGCCUGAUAACAAUUGUUAAACUUGGAUUAUAUAUUAAAGGGGUGUGUAUGUUAACUUCAGUCAGACGCAAGGUGACUCUGGGAAAUCAUGAAUUUACUGAUUGGGUUCCAGUCGUGCUGGGACAGACUGCUGAAGUGCCUGAGGCUUGAAUGUUGGCAAACAGGUUUGAGAAAUAUAAAGAUGUGUUUUUCUGGAAAAUAUAUGGAGAGAGGUGUUUUUGUAUUUGUAUAUAAAAGUUUGUUUGUGUAUAUUUAUUAUACCUACAAAGAUGGAUAAAUAAGUAUUAUACCAGCCUUCAGUCAUUUUGAGCUUUAUGAUGGGCUUUUGGAAACCAUCCACCAUGACAGGUGGGUAGACGAGUAAAGUGGCACAGUGUUGAAGCCAAGUCUUGCAGAUCAAAUAACUGUCUUGUCUUUGUGGCAGGCGAGUCUUUUUUUUCUUUCUUUCUUUUCUAAAUGUUGUAACUGCAGUGUUACACUUAGGCUACAUGAUUCUGUUCUGCCAUAGCACACACUCUGUAUAUUUGUUUAUUUUAUUUGCCUUCUUUUUAAAAG